AUGCAGCUGCUCGUCGUGUGCCUUCUGGCGGCCACCACGGCCGCCUUUACGAUGUUCGGUCCGCACAUUCGCAUUGUGCCGGGCCAGCAGCCCAAUGAGAUCGUGCUCCACUUCCGCAACCCCUGCAACAACAAGACGAGCACAACCACCUUGAAGCCACCACCGCCUCCGUGCCCUGAACAUCCCACAACGCCAGCUUGUGAGCAUCGAACCACCAGACCGGUCCCAACAAAGCCACACUGUCCGCACGACACCACUACGCCACACCAUUGCGGACAAGAAACGACCACGAGCAGACCCACCACGCCAAGUCCAACUUUCCUUACAACCAUUAAAACAACAUUUAAGCCAUCCGAUGCAACGACUCUAAAGCCUACAGAGGGAGCAACAACUGCCAAGCCAACCACUCUGAAGACUACAGACGGAACAACAACGGCCAAGCCAACCACUCUGAAGACUACAGAGGGAACAACAACGGCCAAGCCAACCACUCUGAAGACUACAGAGGGAACAACAACGGCCAAGCCAACCACUCUGAAGACUACAGAGGGAACAACAACGGCCAAGCCAACCACUCUGAAGACUACAGAGGGAACAACAACGGCCAAGCCAACCACUCUGAAGACUACAGAGGGAACAACAACGGCCAAGCCAACCACUCUGAAGACUACUGAGGGAACAACAACGGCCAAGCCAACCACUCUGAAGACUACAGAGGGAACAACAACGGCCAAGCCAACCACUCUGAAGACUACUGAGGGAACAACAACGGCCCAGCCAACCACUCUGAAGAAUACUGAGGGAACAACAACGGCCCAGCCAACCACUCUGAAGAAUACUGAGGGAACAACAACGGCCCAGCCAACCACUCUGAAGACUACUGAGGGAACAACAACGGCCCAGCCAACCACUCUGAAGACUACUGAGGGAACAACAACGGCCCAGCCAACCACUCUGAAGACUACUGAGGGAACAACAACGGCCCAGCCAACCACUCUGAAGACUACUGAGGGAACAACAACGGCCCAGCCAACCACUCUGAAGACUACUGAGGGAACAACAACGGCCAAGCCAACCACUCUGAAGACUACUGAGGGAACAACAACGGCCAAGCCAACCACUCUGAAGACUACUGAGGGAACAACAACGGCCAAGCCAACCACUCUGAAGACUACUGAGGGAACAACAACGGCCAAGCCAACCACUCUGAAGACUACUGAGGGAACAACAACGGCCAAGCCAACCACUCUGAAGACUACUGAGGGAACAACAACGGCCAAGCCAACCACUCUGAAGACUACUGAGGGAACAACAACGGCCAAGCCAACCACUCUGAAGACUACUGAGGGAACAACAACGGCCAAGCCAACCACUCUGAAGACUACUGAGGGAACAACAACGGCCAAGCCAACCACUCUGAAGACUACUGAGGGAACAACAACGGCCAAGCCAACCACUCUGAAGACUACUGAGGGAACAACAACGGCCAAGCCAACCACUCUGAAGACUACUGAGGGAACAACAACGGCCAAGCCAACCACUCUGAAGACUACUGAGGGAACAACAACGGCCAAGCCAACCACUCUGAAGACUUCUGAGGGAACAACAACGGCCAAGCCAACCACUCUGAAGACUACUGAGGGAACAACAACGGCCAAGCCAACCACUCUGAAGACUACUGAGGGAACAACAACGGCCAAGCCAACCACUCUGAAGACUACUGAGGGAUCAACAACGGCCAAGCCAACCACUCUGAAGACUACAGAGGGAACAACAACUGCCAAGCCAACCACUCUGAAGACUACAGAGGGAACAACAACUGCCAAGCCAGCCACUCUGAAGACUACAGAGGGAACAACAACUGCCAAGCCAACCACUCUGAAGACUACAGAGGGAACAACAACUGCCAAGCCAACCACUCUGAAGACUACAGAGGGAACAACAACUGCCAAGCCAACCACUCUGAAGACUACAGAGGGAACAACAACUGCCAAGCCAACCACUCUGAAGACUACAGAGGGAACAACAACGGCCAAGCCAACCACUCUGAAGACUACUGAGGGAACAACAACGGCCAAGCCAACCACUCUGAAGACUACUGAGGGAACAACAACGGCCAAGCCAACCACUCUGAAGACUACUGAGGGAACAACAACGGCCAAGCCAACCACUCUGAAGACUACUGAGGGAACAACAACGGCCAAGCCAACCACUCUGAAGACUACUGAGGGAACAACAACGGCCAAGCCAAGCACUCUGAAGACUACAGAGGGAACAACAACGGCCAAGCCAACCACUCUGAAGACUACUGAGGGAACAACAACGGCCAAGCCAACCACUCUGAAGACUACUGAGGGAACAACAACUGCCAAGCCAACCACUCUGAAGACUACAGAGGGAACAACAACUGCCAAGCCAACCACUCUGAAGACUACAGAGGGAACAACAACUGCCAAGCCAACCACUCUGAAGACUACAGAGGGAACAACAACUGCCAAGCCAACCACUCUGAAGACUACAGAGGGAACAACAACUGCCAAGCCAACCACUCUGAAGACUACAGAGGGAACAACAACUGCCAAGCCAACCACUCUGAAGACUACAGAGGGAACAACAACUGCCAAGCCAACCACUCUGAAGACUACUGAGAGAACAACAACGGCCAAGCCAACCACUCUGAAGACUACUGAGGGAACAACAACGGCCAAGCCAACCACUCUGAAGACUACUGAGGGAACAACAACGGCCAAGCCAACCACUCUGAAGACUACUGAGGGAACAACAACGGCCAAGCCAACCACUCUGAAGACUACUGAGGGAACAACAACGGCCAAGCCAACCACUCUGAAGACUUCUGAGGGAACAACAACGGCCAAGCCAACCACUCUGAAGACUACUGAGGGAACAACAACGGCCAAGCCAACCACUCUGAAGACUACUGAGGGAACAACAACGGCCAAGCCAACCACUCUGAAGACUACUGAGGGAACAACAACGGCCAAGCCAACCACUCUGAAGACUACUGAGGGAACAACAACGGCCAAGCCAACCACUCUGAAGACUACAGAGGGAACAACAACUGCCAAGCCAACCACUCUGAAGACUACAGAGGGAACAACAACUGCCAAGCCAACCACUCUGAAGACUACAGAGGGAACAACAACUGCCAAGCCAACCACUCUGAAGACUACAGAGGGAACAACAACUGCCAAGCCAACCACUCUGAAGACUACAGAGGGAACAACAACUGCCAAGCCAACCACUCUGAAGACUACAGAGGGAACAACAACUGCCAAGCCAACCACUCUGAAGACUACAGAGGGAACAACAACUGCCAAGCCAACCACUCUGAAGACUACAGAGGGGACAACAACGGCCAAGCCAACCACUCUGAAGACUACUGAGGGAACAACAACGGCCAAGCCAACCACUCUGAAGACUACUGAGGGAACAACAACGGCCAAGCCAACCACUCUGAAGACUACUGAGGGAACAACAACGGCCAAGCCAACCACUCUGAAGACUACUGAGGGAACAACAACGGCCAAGCCAACCACUCUGAAGACUACUGAGGGAACAACAACGGCCAAGCCAACCACUCUGAAGACUACUGAGGGAACAACAACGGCCAAGCCAACCACUCUGAAGACUACUGAGGGAACAACAACGGCCAAGCCAACCACUCUGAAGACUACUGAGGGAACAACAACGGCCAAGCCAACCACUCUGAAGACUACAGAGGGAACAACAACUGCCAAGCCAACCACUCUGAAGACUACAGAGGGAACAACAACUGCCAAGCCAACCACUCUGAAGACUACAGAGGGAACAACAACUGCCAAGCCAACCACUUUGAAGACUACAGAGGGAACAACAACUGCCAAGCCAACCACUCUGAAGACUACAGAGGGAACAACAACUGCCAAGCCAACCACUCUGAAGACUACAGAGGGAACAACAACGGCCAAGCCAACUACUGUGAAGACUACUGAGGGAACAACAACGGCCAAGCCAACCACUCUGAAGACUACUGAGGGAACAACAACGGCCAAGCCAACCACUCUGAAGACUACUGAGGGAACAACAACGGCCAAGCCAACCACUCUGAAGACUACAGAGGGAACAACAACUGCCAAGCCAACCACUCUGAAGACUACAGAGGGAACAACAACUGCCAAGCCAACCACUCUGAAGACUACAGAGGGAACAACAACUGCCAAGCCAACCACUCUGAAGACUACAGAGGGAACAACAACUGCCAAGCCAACCACUCUGAAGACUACAGAGGGAACAACAACUGCCAAGCCAACCACUCUGAAGACUACAAAGGGAACAACAACUGCCAAGCCAACCACUCUGAAGACUACAGAGGGAACAACAACUGCCAAGCCAACCACUCUGAAGACUACAGAGGGAACAACAACUGCCAAGCCAACCACUCUGAAGACUACAGAGGGAACAACAACGGCCAAGCCAACUACUCUGAAGACUACUGAGGGAACAACAACGGCCAAGCCAACCACUCUGAAGACUACUGAGGGAACAACAACGGCCAAGCCAACCACUCUGAAGACUACUGAGGGAACAACAACGGCCAAGCCAACCACUCUGAAGACUACUGAGGGAACAACAACGGCCAAGCCAACCACUCUGAAGACUACUGAGGGAACAACAACGGCCAAGCCAACCACUCUGAAGACAACUGAGGGAACAACAACGGCCAAGCCAACCACUCUGAAGACUACUGAGGGAACAACAACGGCCAAGCCAACCACUCUGAAGACUACUGAGGGAACAACAACGGCCAAGCCAACCACUCUGAAGACUACUGAGGGAACAACAACGGCCAAGCCAACCACUCUGAAGACUACUGAGGGAACAACAACGGCCAAGCCAACCACUCUGAAGACUACUGAGGGAACAACAACGGCCAAGCCAACCACUCUGAAGACUACUGAGGGAACAACAACGGCCAAGCCAACCACUCUGAAGACUACUGAGGGAACAACAACGGCCAAGCCAACCACUCUGAAGACUACUGAGGGAACAACAACGGCCAAGCCAACCACUCUGAAGACUACUGAGGGAACAACAACGGCCAAGCCAACCACUCUGAAGACUACUGAGGGAACAACAACGGCCAAGCCAACCACUCUGAAGACUACUGAGGGAACAACAACAGCCAAGCCAACCACUCUGAAGACUACUGAGGGAACAACAACGGCCAAGCCAACCACUCUGAAGACUACAGAGGGAACUACAACUGCCAAGCCAUCCACUCUGAAGACUACUGAGGGAACAACAACGGCCAAGCCAACCACUCUGAAGACUACUGAGGGAACAACAACGGCCAAGCCAACCACUCUGAAGACUACUGAGGGAACAACAACGGCCAAGCCAACCACUCUGAAGACUACUGAGGGAACAACAACGGCCAAGCCAACCACUCUGAAGACUACUGAGGGAACAACAACGGCCAAGCCAACCACUCUGAAGACUACUGAGGGAACAACAACGGCCAAGCCAACCACUCUGAAGACUACAGAAGGAACUACAACUGCCAAGCCAUCCACUCUGAAGACUACUGAGGGAACAACAACGGCCAAGCCAACCACUCUGAAGACUACUGAGGGAACAACAACGGCCAAGCCAACCACUCUGAAGACUACUGAGGGAACAACAACGGCCAAGCCAACCACUCUGAAGACUACUGAGGGAACAACAACGGCCAAGCCAACCACUCUGAAGACUACUGAGGGAACAACAACGGCCAAGCCAACCACUCUGAAGACUACUGAGGGAACAACAACGGCCAAGCCAACCACUCUGAAGACUACAGAGGGAACUACAACUGCCAAGCCAUCCACUCUGAAGACUACUGAGGGAACAACAACGGCCAAGCCAACCACUCUGAAGACUACUGAGGGAACAACAACGGCCAAGCCAACCACUCUGAAGACUACAGAGGGAACAACAACGGCCAAGCCAACCACUCUGAAGACUACUGAGGGAACAACAACGGCCAAGCCAACCACUCUGAAGACUACAGAGGGAACAACAACUGCCAAGCCAACCACUCUGAAGACUACAGAGGGAACAACAACUGCCAAGCCAACCACUCUGAAGACUACAGAGGGAACAACAACUGCCAAGCCAACAACUCUGAAGACUACAGAGGGAACAACAACUGCCAAGCCAACCACUCUGAAGACUACAAAGGGAACAACAACUGCCAAGCCAACCACUCUGAAGACUACAGAGGGAACAACAACUGCCAAGCCAACCACUCUGAAGACUACAGAAGGAACAACAACGGCCAAGCCAACUACUCUGAAGACUACUGAGGGAACAAAAACGCCCAAGCCAACCACUCUGAAGACUACUGAGGGAACAACAACGGCCAAGCCAACCACUCUGAAGACUACUGAGGGAACAACAACGGCCAAGCCAACCACUCUGAAGACUACUGAGGGAACAACAACGGCCAAGCCAACCACUCUGAAGACUACUGAGGGAACAACAACGGCCAAGCCAACCACUCUGAAGACUACUGAGGGAACAACAACGGCCAAGCCAACCACUCUGAAGACUACUGAGGGAACAACAACGGCCAAGCCAACCACUCUGAAGACUACUGAGGGAACAACAACGGCCAAGCCAACCACUCUGAAGACAACUGAGGGAACAACAACGGCCAAGCCAACCACUCUGAAGACUACUGAGGGAACAACAACGGCCAAGCCAACCACUCUGAAGACUACUGAGGGAACAACAACGGCCAAGCCAACCACUCUGAAGACUACUGAGGGAACAACAACGGCCAAGCCAACCACUCUGAAGACUACUGAGGGAACAACAACGGCCAAGCCAACCACUCUGAAGACUACUGAGGGAACAACAACGUCCAAGCCAACCACUCUGAAGACUACUGAGGGAACAACAACGGCCAAACCAACCACUCUGAAGACUACUGAGGGAACAACAACGGCCAAGCCAACCACUCUGAAGACUACUGAGGGAACAACAACGGCCAAGCCAACCACUCUGAAGACUACUGAGGGAACAACAACGGCCAAGCCAACCACUCUGAAGACUACUGAGGGAACAACAACGGCCAAGCCAACCACUCUGAAGACUACUGAGGGAACAACAACGGCCAAGCCAACCACUCUGAAGACUACUGAGGGAACAACAACGGCCAAGCCAACCACUCUGAAGACUACUGAGGGAACAACAACGGCCAAGCCAACCACUCUGAAGACUACUGAGGGAACAACAACGGCCAAGCCAACCACUCUGAAGACUACUGAGGGAACAACAACGGCCAAGCCAACCACUCUGAAGACUACUGAGGGAACAACAACGGCCAAGCCAACCACUCUGAAGACUACUGAGGGAACAACAACGGCCAAGCCAACCACUCUGAAGACUACUGAGGGAACAACAACGGCCAAGCCAACCACUCUGAAGACUACUGAGGGAACAACAACGGCCAAGCCAACCACUCUGAAGACUACUGAGGGAACAACAACGGCCAAGCCAACCACUCUGAAGACUACUGAGGGAACAACAACGGCCAAGCCAACCACUCUGAAGACUACUGAGGGAACAACAACGGCCAAGCCAACCACUCUGAAGACUACUGAGGGAACAACAACGGCCAAGCCAACCACUCUGAAGACUACUGAGGGAACAACAACGGCCAAGCCAACCACUCUGAAGACUACUAAGGGAACAACAACGGCCAAGCCAACCACUCUGAAGACUACUGAGGGAACAACAACGGCCAAGCCAACCACUCUGAAGACUACUGAGGGAACAACAACGGCCAAGCCAACCACUCUGAAGACUACUGAGGGAACAACAACGGCCAAGCCAACCACUCUGAAGACUACUGAGGGAACAACAACGGCCAAGCCAACCACUCUGAAGACUACUGAGGGAACAACAACGGCCAAGCCAACCACUCUGAAGACUACUGAGGGAACAACAACGGCCAAGCCAACCACUCUGAAGGCUACUGAGGGAACAACAACGGCCAAGCCAACCACUCUGAAGACUACUGAGGGAACAACAACGGCCAAGCCAACCACUCUGAAGACUACUGAGGGAACAACAACGGCCAAGCCAACCACUCUGAAGACUACUGAGGGAACAACAACGGCCAAGCCAACCACUCUGAAGACUACUGAGGGAACAACAACGGCCAAGCCAACCACUCUGAAGACUACUGAGGGAACAACAACGGCCAAGCCAACCACUCUGAAGACUACUGAGGGAACAACAACGGCCAAGCCAACCACUCUGAAGACUACUGAGGGAACAACAACGUCCAAGCCAACCACUCUGAAGACUACUGAGGGAACAACAACUGCCAAGCCAACCACUCUGAAGACUACAGAGGGAACAACAACUGCCAAGCCAACCACUCUGAAGACUACAGAGGGAACAACAACUGCCAAGCCAACCACUCUGAAGACUACAGAGGGAACAACAACUGCCAAGCCAACCACUCUGAAGACUACAGAGGGAACAACAACUGCCAAGCCAACCACUCUGAAGACUACAGAGGGAACAACAACGGCCAAGCCAACCACUCUGAAGACUACAGAGGGAACAACAACGGCCAAGCCAACCACUCUGAAGACUACUGAGGGAACAACAACGGCCAAGCCAACCACUCUAAAGACUACUGAGGGAACAACAACGGCCAAGCCAACCACUCUGAAGACUACUGAGGGAACAACAACGGCCAAGCCAACCACUCUGAAGACUACUGAGGGAACAACAACGGCCAAGCCAACCACUCUGAAGACUACUGAGGGAACAACAACGGCCAAGCCAACCACUCUGAAGACUACUGAGGGAACAACAACGGCCAAGCCAACCACUCUGAAGACUACAGAGGGAACAACAACUGCCAAGCCAACCACUCUGAAGACUACAGAGGGAACAACAACUGCCAAGCCAACCACUCUGAAGACUACAGAGGGAACAACAACUGCCAAGCCAACCACUCUGAAGACUACAGAAGGAACAACAACUGCCAAGCCAACCACUCUGAAGACUACAGAGGGAACAACAACUGCCAAGCCAACCACUCUGAAGACUACAGAGGGAACAACAACUGCCAAGCCAACCACUCUGAAGACUACUGAGGGAACAACAACGGCCAAGCCAACCACUCUGAAGACUACUGAGGGAACAACAACGGCCAAGCCAACCACUCUGAAGACUACUGAGGGAACAACAACGGCCAAGCCAACCACUCUGAAGACUACUGAGGGAACAACAACGGCCAAGCCAACCACUCUGAAGACUACUGAGGGAACAACAACGGCCAAGCCAAGCACUCUGAAGACUACUGAGGGAACAACAACGGCCAAGCCAACCACUCUGAAGACUACUGAGAGAACAACAACGGCCAAGCCAACCACUCUGAAGACUACUGAGGGAACAACAACGGCCAAGCCAACCACUCUGAAGACUACUGAGGGAACAACAACGGCCAAGCCAACCACUCUGAAGACUACAGAGGGAACAACAACUGCCAAGCCAACCACUCUGAAGACUACAGAGGGAACAACAACUGCCAAGCCAACCACUCUGAAGACUACAGAGGGAACAACAACUGCCAAGCCAACCACUAUGAAGACUACAGAGGGAACAACAACUGCCAAGCCAACCACUCUGAAGACUACAGAGGGAACAACAACUGCCAAGCCAACCACUCUGAAGACUACUGAGGGAACAACAACGGCCAAGCCAACCACUCUGAAGACUACUGAGGGAACAACAACGGCCAAGCCAACCACUCUGAAGACUACUGAGGGAACAACAACGGCCAAGCCAACCACUCUGAAGACUACAGAGGGAACAACAACUGCCAAGCCAACCACUCUGAAGACUACAGAGGGAACAACAACUGCCAAGCCAACCACUCUGAAGACUACAGAGGGAACAACAACUGCCAAGCCAACCACUCUGAAGACUACAGAGGGAACAACAACGGCCAAGCCAACCACUCUGAAGACUACAGAGGGAACAACAACUGCCAAGCCAACCACUCUGAAGACUACAGAGGGAACAACAACGGCCAAGCCAACCACUCUGAAGACUACUGAGGGAACAACAACGGCCAAGCCAACCACUCUGAAGACUACUGAGGGAACAACAACGGCCAAGCCAACCACUCUGAAGACUACUGAGGGAACAACAACGGCCAAGCCAACCACUCUGAAGAUUACUGAGGGAACAACAACGGCCAAGCCAACCACUCUGAAGACUACUGAGGGAACAACAACGGCCAAGCCAACCACUCUGAAGACUACAGAGGGAACAACCGAACAAACAAGCCGAAAGACAACCGCUGAUGGCAGCACCACCGCAUCUCUGCCACCGUUCAUUAUCUUUGAUUCACUGAGCACAGUGGCUGCCUAGUUUUAGUUUAAGAUCCGAAAAAAUGUUGAUAAGGUUUUCUAAAUUCUAUUAAAUAUACAUAUAUACAUUUGUUUGUGUUUCGCUUAGUGACAAUAAAGAGUUGCAAAAAUAGUAUAAAUUACAAUUGUAACAAUUAAAUAAUUGUUUAGCAAAUUAAUAAUUAAUUAAUAUUAUACUUUUCUUUUUAUCUUGUAAUCUCGAAUUUUUAUAUUACUUG